UAUGAUUAUCACUUUCCAUAAAUUAGCAGAUCCAAUGCCCAAACUCGAUCAUUGAUACUGCUCUAGUGCUCUCUAAUCUUCAUCCACAUCUCUUGUAGGAGGCGAAUCAAACAGACCCUUAGCUGCCCAGCAUCGUUACCAGUUGAUCUAGCGGAAAGGACAGAGUACAACUGUAUCUCAAACGGAGUUUGAAUAAUUAAGUUGCUUUAGGUGAUAAAUAUGGACCACAAAACGAACCUCACAGCUUCAGGAGGCGAAUAUGAUGUCUUCUUGAGUUUCAGAGGCCCCGACAUUCGCCUCACCUUCAACGAUCACCUAUACAUUAAUCUUGUCCGCGCAGGAGUUCACACCUUUCGUGACAAUAACGAGCUUCGCAAAGGAGUAGAGUUCAGCCCUGAACUCCUCAAAGCAAUCACAAAGUCCAGAAUCUCCAUCCCAAUAUUCACCAAGGGUUAUGCUUCCAGUAAAUGGUGCCUCCGUGAACUUGCUCAGAUGGUGAAGUGCAAGGGACAAUUGAUUCUGCCCGUCUUCUAUGACGUCGAACCAUCUGUGGUUCGGCAUCAAUCUGGGAAUAGUGAUGCAGGGAGAACUUACGAGGAUGCCUUCCGUGAGCAUGAGAGCCAUUUCGAUGAAAAAAAUGUUACAGAAUGGAGGGAGGCAAUGACAGAGGUUGGAGCACUCGGUGGUUGGGAAGUCGAGAAAGAAGCCGACGGGUAUUGUUUUCCUACUAAUAAACCCCUUAUGUUAAUGCAUGGAAACUUCAUCUUAGUUUUAUCAUCAUUAGUUUUCGGAAUCCAAUAAAUCAAGAACACACAACUAGUCAUUUUCUAGUGACCUAGCACACAACUCUUGAAAUCGGUGUGUCCAUAUUUGGAUGUGUCCUCUCCUUUAUCAAAAAAAAAAAAAAAAAAAAAAAAAAAAAAAAAAAAAAACAUAAUUAGAAAU